AUGGGAGGAGCCGGGGAGGUUAUUACCGCUGCUCGUUCUUUGUAUCGCGGAGAGUCGAAUGAUAAUGUUCUUGGAGUAAUGGGCGCUGAUUUUCCUUUGAGACACUUUUACAGGUAUUGUUACAUAUAAGUGUGGAAUACUUAGUUGAAAAAAAUAUUUUAAUGGGGGUAGUUAUUGGGUACAAACUUUGAUAUGUAUUACAAUUUUUCAUGUCAGUGGAAUAGUGUUAAUGGGUACCGAAUUAUCCGGGUUUUUUUGGUUGAUCCAGUGGCCUCCGUCGUCAUUGAUAUGCAUGAUUUGCGCAUCAAGAAUCAUUGAACUGGAACUAGGACAGUGACAGCGGCAGAAAAUAGAACUUGCAUAAUUACGUUACGGCUCGGUGAUUUUAAGAUCGCACAAUGUUGAUCUUCGUUCACAUAAUGAUAAGAAAAUAAGGUCUUCAUUAUUCAUUCAAAUUUGUUCUCCUCUUCCGUAUAAUUAAGCUUAAAUCCCCAGGCAGAUUUUUCGUAAUCAGGAAGCGUCGACAACAUUUGAAACAUUUUUGCCAAAGUCAGUACAACUGACGUCCUUUGUAUUAGUAUCGACACAAUCGACACGAUCGCGGAGGGAGCGGUAGCUCAGCUUUUUUGACAGAGGAAGAGAAAAUGGUGAAAAAUUUCUUACAUUUAGUGAACAUGUACAAAUGAAGCGUUAAAAUCACCGGUUAAGUCACUUAUACAAAUGGUUGAAGUGAUACACUGUAAGAGUAAAUUGUUUUUAAGAAGACUACGCAAUUACCCGGAAGGACUCGAACCCAGACCUCUUAUCUGCUUCUGAAUUCCAAAGAAUAAACUAUUUUAAUAGUAGCGGUAGGCGUAUUAUGGCUUAAAAGCCAUUACGCCUACCGCUUAUUAAAUGCGUUUCAAUUACAUCUUUCAGGUUACUUACAAACGUUUACGACAAGUGUGCAGAAUCACAGCAAUACUCAUGUUUCAUUAUGGACAACUCUGGAUUCCUCGUAAUGCACCCGGAUUUCAUGUUACCCUCAACUGAAGCUAACGAAGUGGAGCACGUUCAUAUCACCCUAAAGGAAAAGAACAUUGCAAUUGAUUUAAUUAACCAUGGCUAUUUGAUAAAAAGAACGUGUCGAAAUGUGGAAAGUAUAAGAGAACAAAGCUUUUAUGAAAUUAAUUUGCCUCCGGAGGGAUUCAGUACAUUACAAUCAAGCAAGGGCUGCAAAUAUGAGCUUAGUAAAAUACCUGGAACAAACGUCUACUUAGGUCAGACAAAUGAUAUGAUCUUAGUAAUGCACAAUACUUAAGGGCAAAUUUCAUUUAAUUUGCUCGCUAUGGGAAUAAAUAGCACCUACUUGUACCAGAAAUGAGGAGGAGGGGUGAUUUCACGCGCGCGAUUCUACUCGUGCGAAGCUCGAUCCGUAUUUUUAUGUAAGAUAUGCAUGCCAAAUAUGCACCUCAUUGUCUCAUUCAUAAAUUGACUUACCUCCUCCAACUAAAAGUUAGGGAUACUUUAGGAAAUGUUAAAAGAAAGAUGGUUGGGUACGUGGAUUCGCCCAGACUCGUUUUACACGGAUUCAUUUUGUUGGUCCAUCUUCUAACAAAACAGUACUGGAUGCAAGUUAUAUAGAUCCCUUUAAUUUCUUGUAGAAGUAUACUGGAUUAGGUUUUGAAGAUUUAAAACUUUUUGGCCUAUUCAAACGGAUCCAAUAACAACAUCUAAUACAUGGUAAAUGUUUCAACGGGCCUUCACUGUAAUUUUCAGGGAGUUAUAAUAACUCCUCUAGUGGGGCUAAUUUAACUCCUUACAGUGGAGUUAUUUUUCGUGGAGUUAUUUUAACUCCAAAAAGGAGUUUAAAGAACUCUUUUUCAGGAGUAAAAGUGACCCNGGAGUUUAAAGAACUCUUUUUCAGGAGUAAAAGUGACCCCAGAUAUUGAGGAGUUAAAAUAACCCCAAAAAAGGAGUUAUCCUGUACCUAAAAUUUUUACUCCACUUUCAGAGUUAAAUUAACUCCAAAAGAGUAAAAACAACCCAUGUAAGGAGUACAAGUAACCCCAUUUCGGAGUAAUUUUAACUCCAGACUGGGAGUAAAAAGAACUCUUUUUCAGGAGUAAAAAUGACCCCAAAUUCGGAGUUAAAUCAGGAGUUAAAAUAACCCCCAAAAAGGGGUUAUCCUGUACCUAAAAUUUUUACUCCAUUUUUGGAGUUAUAAUAAGUCCCUAAAAAUUACGGUGUUGAUAGGGCUGUGUCAUGCUUGCUGAGAUCCACAUUUUUUGUCAAAGCAGAGUUGAAAUUAUACCUUUGAGUAUUUUUAGUCAUUUUUUCUCAUAGAUGAAUUUUUCUCUAUCAAAACAAAGAUCCCUUUCCAUUUUGGCCUUUGAAAGAUAUAGAUAUGCAUUUACAUAGUUGAAGUAUCAGUGGUAGAGUGUUUAAAAACACUGAACGAUUAUCUAAUAAUUUUUCUUUGAUUUCGUGGUGCUUUUUGGGGCUUUUAAGUGACCAAAAAUCGUGACAUAGCUUCCUUUAUCUGUAGUCAAUUAGCGUCAACAUUGGCUUCCUUCUCUCCACUGCAGGUGUUGUCGCGCGAGAUUCCCUCUGUGCUUCAUCGUCCUGCUCGUGCUCUUCAGAUAACGAAUGCUCCAGAUUGGCUGGUUUGAAGUGUGAAUGUCCCUGUACCUCCACUCUGGAAUUUUUUUAUUGUCGAAGUCAUUUUCCAAACAGCAGGUUAGUCAACAGAACCCAAAGUCCUUUUCUGUCAAGUGAGGAUGAACACCGGUUGGCCAGAUGGCAGCUAACUGCGCUUUUUAAUUACAUGAAACGAAAUGCACCAAUUAUCGAAAGUCGUGAAGAAAAUGUACCGUUUUUUUUUCGAAUAAGCGCCCAACCUCGAAUUAGCACCCACCUCGAAUAAGCGCCCAUCCUAAAGGCCCAAAAAGUUAAUAAGCGCCCAGCCUCGAAUAAGCGCCCACCCCCUCCUCCUCCCAAUCAAACUCAAAUAAGCGCUCACCCCCACCCCACCCACUUGAGUGAAUAAAUUCUAAUAAGAGACUUCCCCGAGGACGGAGUUUUCUUCAGAGNAGCGCCCACCCCCUCCUCCUCCCAAUCAAACUCAAAUAAGCGCUCACCCCCACCCCACCCACUUGAGUGAAUAAAUUCUAAUAAGAGACUUCCCCGAGGACGGAGUUUUCUUCAGAGUAUUUUACAGAAACGUUGCUUUGUUACUUCUUCGCGUUUUGUUAUUAGCAUUUAUUGUUUUGUUGCAAAAUAAACAUACUUCACUUGCUUAAAAUGGUGAAAAUUUAAUAAGCGCCCAGCCUCGAGUAAGCGCCCACCUCUAAUAAGCGCCCACUCUCAAGGUCCAAAAAUUUAAUAAGCGCCCAGGGCGGUUUAUCGAAUAAAUACGGUAUGUUUCCUGAAUGGUCUAUUGCAUGUAAAAGGGCGAUUCAGACGGAAAUGAAAACCGUAAAUGUUAGCUUUAUUUUACUUGCGGCGCGGUUGCAGUAAAAAAAAUAUAUACUUCACUAAACCCAAUCAUCAUCAUCAUCGUCGUCGUCUUCUUCAUCAUCGCCGCCAUGUUAAUCUUCAUCAUCAUUAUCGUCGCAGUCGUCACCCCCAUCGUUAUGAUGAUGAUUAUCAUAAUCAUCAUCAUUAACUUCAUCGUCAUCAUAAUCAUCGCUAUCAUAACCAUUUAGAAACAUAGUGCCAGAUCACUGUUUGUAGACGAAACUAACAGAUUUGUACGAUAUGAACCCUUAGUCGAGACAAUAGUCUACAGUUUAAUAAUAAUACAUUACCACCAACCUUAACAGUAGGGUUUAAAAAAAUUACUUACCUUACGUUAUCUGCUCUUAUAAAUGAAUACUGGCGGCAGUUUCUUACAAAAGUUUUAGGCAAAUUGGCUAUAACUAGCUGCAAUAUACGAUGAAAAUUUCACUUGGAAAGAAACAGAAGAGGCUAUCAAAAUGCAGCAAACUCAAAGAAUUAAGGUUAAGCAUAGAAUGAUUUAUGUCGGAACAAAGCAAGAAUAUCCCAUAUUCGGGUAGAUAUAAGUUGUCGUAUCUGCAGUUUAAUCAUUGCUGUUUGUAAGAAACUAUUUACAAAUUUGUUUCUUUUACUUUGUUUUAUAGCCUUCCUUUAUGCCCAACAUUUGCACCUUCAGGACAACCCAGCAAUAAUCCUUUAAAUUCCAAAACGAUUUGUCUUAACAAGUGCUUUGAUCGCCAUUGUGAGAAGAGAAACAGUUCCCAUUGGUGUGAUGGGAUAGUUAGUUGUUAUUGGUGCCAGAAGGACAGGAGCGGCAGACAACUGAAAAAACCUUACUGCGCAAGCUCUGAACGCUGCUUCAGAGGGAUAGAGUUUGCAACUUAUGAACGUAAGAGCAUUUGCUUAAUAGACCUUUCAUAUCCUUACUUAAUUAGAUCUUUACUAAAAAGAUCUUAAAUAAAUCUAUACAUCUAGACAUUGACCAAAUUUGGAGACGAAUAAAUCUCACAUGCCUCUCUUCUUUUGUUGGGUACAUUAGUUCCGCCCUUCUGGCUUUUUCAGUGUAUAGUGCAAAGUAUCACUUUAGUGUACCCAAUAAAAAGCGAGACUAGUGAGAAGUUUGAAGUUGACUUUUUUUUCGUUCAACGUGGAAGAAGCAAGUCUGAUGCAUUCGCCUUUACACUUUUUCAGUUGAUAAUGAAAAAUGCUUCAAAAGUACUGUAGUGACUGGUACGAAGAACAAGGGAGGAUUAUCAGCUGCGGCUAUUGCUGGAAUUGCCCUAGGAUGUGCCAUUCCUAUUCUAGCGCUGGUGAUCGUCUUAUUAAUUUUGGUAAGCCAGAUUAUUAUUCCAUUAAAGGGUUGAUGUUAGAUACCUUUAAAUUCUAAGACGAGGACGACCACGUGGAGGAGAUUUUCUCAAUACUUGCACGCGUGUGAACCAGUAUCAUUUUGGCGGGCAAACGUGAUAGCAAUCGACAUUAUACUACAUGUUAAUUUAUAAAUUGUUUUUAAUUAGUUUUUUUCCGGAAAAAUUAUAAAUUAUAAUUUAAAAGGUUGAGUGACUUGGAGAUGAUCGCAAAUGUACGUAAAAAUUUCAGGAGUGGAGGGUAGACUUUUGUACCUUCAGAGAACAGUUACAGAUAAUAUUCAUUUGACACUUUCAUUUCUAUUAUUCUUAAUUGAAAAGCUUACAAGACGCUAUGGGCACCCCGCGGAUCCACCUGUAGAGAACGACAACAGUAUACCCAUGCAGGCGACUGAAUCCAGUCCAAGAAUUUCUCAUGUCCCUGAUGUCCUGCCUUUGUCUACUUCUAACCAUGCUUACGAAGAUAUAGAACCACAAGAAGGAGGACAGACUGCCACGAGUCAGUUGCAACGUCAGAAUGCUGUUGAUAUGCCCGCCACCCAGCAACCAUUUCAUCACCAUCCUCGACUGAGAAGUUUAACUGUAACUGACACUAGCAAGCCACCCCCUGUUCCCAGCACAAGAAGGCCAUCCCAGUGGGAUACCACCGUGCCAAACACGCGUCGGUUCCGAAGUCUGUCUGAAGACAGUCCAAUGCAAGUCACUGGCUUCACCAAUACAAGGCCACUGGUUUUAAAUUUAGGAAGAGAUGAUCCACCAGCUCUUGUUCCUAGAGUAAGGCGGCCUUCAAAUGGCAGUUUGUCAGAGAGCAGGUCUGAUUUCCCCUCCAUGAUUCCUAUGUCUGGCCAAGAAAAAGAUUUAUACAGCAAUAUAACACCCAUUUCUGAAACAAGUGAGGACUUUAUAACAGAAAACAAUGAGGAUGACACCGAUGUUGAUGGGUACAUGAAAUGUGUCCGUUCCAGGGAUGGUUCUCAAACUGUAGUUCAAGUGUAG